AUGUGCCGUCUUCUCGCUGCCGAACUGUUCCUCCGCUGCCAGCACAUCCAGCCCUGCCACCUGAAGCACCCUCUGCAGCGCUGCCAUGCCCCCCGCGGCCAGCGCUUCCGCAACCCCGACGCCGCCACCAAUCCAGGCCGCGUCCCUUCUCGAGCCUGCCCGGAGGAGCACUGGCGCACCGCCACGAUCGAGGUCGACGGCUACUGUCCCGCCUGCACGCAGCAGCGAGAAGAAACAAGGCAGCUGCUGCAGUCCUCCUUCAACCAGGGAGAAACCGGAGACGACGCCGGAGACGAGAACGAGAACGAGGACGAGGACGAGGACGCUGGGCUAGAGGAGCAGCAGAUCGCGGGCGAAGUGAAGGAGUAUAGCUGUGGCCACAGACGGGUGCGGAUGGACCCAGCGGUGCUCCAGCGAUUCUCAGACGACCCCGACCCCGACGCCGAAGACCAGCACGAAAGAGGAGCAGCUCGAGAGCACGCCGGAGACGACACUCGCGCCGUCGAGAGCUGUCUGCGGUGGGACAAGCUGCGGUUGCGCGAGGUAGCUGUUCGUAUCGCUACUUCACACAGCGCGAAGAGCAGAGAAAGCCAGCGAACGUCGACUUCGACUUUCUUCCGCUUCUUCGACCUCGACUUCGACUUCAACCUCGCUGGACAGAACAGACAUCCAGACAGAACAGAACAGACAGACAGCUAG